AAUCCUGCCGCUUUAUUUGGGGGGUUUUUUUCCCCUGCUUCCGUCAUCGAUAUUCCCUACCCUGUCUGCCUGUUAUCUUUUGAGCUUGCUUCAGAAACUGAUAAGAAUGAACCCUUCUUGGGUUGUUAUCUUUAUAGAUGGCUGAGAUCCGCCGUAAACUCGUCAUCGUUGGUGAUGGUGCCUGCGGAAAGACCUGUUUAUUGAUCGUUUUCUCCAAGGGCACUUUCCCCGAGGUCUAUGUCCCAACUGUUUUUGAGAACUAUGUCGCCGAUGUCGAGGUCGAUGGAAAGCACGUUGAACUCGCCCUAUGGGAUACUGCUGGACAGGAAGAUUAUGACCGUCUUCGCCCACUCUCAUACCCAGACUCCCACGUCAUCCUGAUCUGCUUCGCCAUCGACUCCCCCGACUCACUCGACAACGUUCAAGAGAAGUGGAUCUCUGAGGUCCUUCAUUUCUGCUCUGGCCAUCCUAUCAUCCUCGUUGGUUGCAAGAAGGAUCUUCGACACGACCAACGAACCAUUGAGGAGCUGCACAAGACUUCCCAGAAGCCAGUAACCCCAGAACAGGGUGAGGAGAUCCGCAAGAAGAUUGGCGCAUAUAAGUAUCUGGAAUGUUCCGCCCGAACAAACGAAGGUGUCCGUGAGGUUUUCGAGUCAGCCACCCGUGCGGCCUUGCUAUCUAAAGAGAAGACGAAAAAGUCCAAGUGUAGGCUUUUGUAGAGAGCCCCCCUUCCCCGGUCGA